AGCUGCUACGGGAGGCUACUUCAGCCCUCCUCGAGACAAGAGCUGUGGAGCAUACACACAGAAACCAAUCCUGUCACCCCACCACCCUCAAACAUCCCAUCCUGAGUGAUCAUGCACAUGAAGCCUCUAGCUGACUCAAUUCCACAAGAUUCAGAGUGGGAGCCGUGUUAGUCUAUCAGCAAAAAGAACAGGAGUACUUGUGGCACCUUAGAGUCUAACAAAUUUAUUUGAGCAUAAACUUUCGUGGGCUAAAGCCCACUUCAUCGGAUGGCCUUUAGAAUCCACCCCCUCUAUGGAACAAUGGAACUGCACUGCCGCAGAGGCAGGGGCUUCGCAGAACAUGAGAAAUACUAAUAUUCACAGUACUGCUUUUAAAACCUACUGACAAAAUAUUUAAUAGAGCUAUAUAGCUUUACUGAUAUCUUGAGAACAGAGCACUAUUCUUUUCCCCCCACUAAAUAUCAAUACUAAGUUUCCAGUAAAAAUAAAGUUACUGGCAAAAUUAGGCAAAGGUCAAGUUAUGUAUAAAAAUAUCCCACAAAGCACCCACUGUAAUGAGAGGAUAUGGAUAACUCUAACCAGUAAUUUAAUUAUUUCCCUCACUUUUAGAUAUUUGCAUGCAUAGAGUUGAUGCACUAUUUUGAUUUCCAGAGUGUGUUGUGAAUGCUAACUAAUGAUAAUAUAAAAUGAAAUUCAUUUAAUUAACUGACAUUUCACAGGUAAUUUCACACUAGGUUGAGUUCACUCAAAAAGCUUGGAAAUGUGAAUUGCAUUUAUCUUUUAUGAAAGGAUCAGUUCAGUUCAAUCAUGGUUCUUUUAUUUCUCACUUUGAAGUUGUUUCACAAAACACACUAACCUCUAAUAGAGCUAUGACUGAAAUUGUCAGAGCAUGUUUUUUAAUGACAGUACUAUAUUUUUGAGCAUCGAGGGUAGUGCUCGAAAUGAAGUUAUAUAGUUUACAUUUAGUCAUAAUUUUGAAUGUCUUAAGAUCAUUUGUAUAUUUGCGUUGUAUUUGUACAAUUGGUUUGUAUUUUGUGUACCGAUAUGUUAGUUAUAUGAGAAAAAUGGGAGCGGCGCCUUCAAAAAUAUGGUUGGAGCAGGUGGAAUGGGCUUUUGGAGGGACAUGUGAGCAUUGUGUGCUCUGUGUCGAGAGGUCUGCAUGUAGCUUGGUAGGGGGGAAGGCUUAAUUUGGAGGAAACCCCCCCAUCAAAAAGUGAGAACUCAAACAACAAUUAAGUUCUUCAAAAAUAAAAGUCCUCAUUGAAGGUGUAUGCCAUGACGUGAUUAUUUGUUUCUGAUAGCACCCGCAGCAACUUGCUGUAUCUGUAAAUCAACCAUUCAAAAGACAAAGAAUGCAAUACAUCUGAAGGAGGAAAAGGGUAACAUUUUUCCAAAAUAAUUAUUUUUAAAGUAUUUUAAAUCCCAUAUCUCUGCAAUUAAGAGACACAUACAUUUAGGAGAAUCCAGAGAAAUGUACCAUUACUGAGUACAGCUGCUAUGCAGUGUUAUGUAUAGUAACAUCAUAGUGUGUGUGCUACCAUCACUAUUUUAGCUCAUCACCAGUAAUCUAGACAGCAGAUCACUUAAGGAGAUUUCAAGUAUAAGCAACAGUUGUUUAUCCACUAGAGACCAGGGGAUAUGUUGGAAGUCUGUCCAUGUAUGGAGCAGGUCUUGUGAGCCAGAAGUUUGACAUCUCCUUUGGGACAUGCUAGCUGCAAAGAUGAACCCCUCCCCUCCCUAGGAGAGGCACUUUAUAAAGUAAGAUUCCCAAAGACAACAAGGCACAGCAGCUCUCUCCAGUAACGAUGGCUAGCAGAAAAACCAAAAAGAAGGAAGGUGGUGCCAAACGUGCUCAGAGAGCAUCUUCUAAUGUCUUCUCCAACUUUGAGCAGACACAGAUCCAAGAAUUUAAGGAAGCUUUCACCUUAAUUGAUCAGAACAGAGAUGGAUUUAUAGAUAAAGAAGACUUGAAAGACAUCUAUGCUUCUUUGGGUAAAACAAAUGUAAAAGAUGAGGAGCUAGAAUCCAUGCUCAAGGAAGCCACAGGACCCAUUAAUUUCACAAUGUUUUUGAAUCUCUUUGGAGCAAAGUUACUUGGUAUGGAUGGGGAAGAGACCAUACUAAAUGCAUUCAGAAUGUUUGAUCCAGAUGGUAAAGGACACAUUCACAAAGACUACUUAAAACGCAUGAUGAUGACACAGGCUGACAAAUUCACUGCUGAAGAGAUAGACCAGAUGUUCAAGAGUUCCCCUAUUGAUGCAGCAGGAAACUUGGAUUACAAGUCUUUCUGCUACACUAUCACACAUGGAGAGGAAAAGGAAGAAUAAAGAGCGCACACUUGUUAGUUGCACUAAAUUCUCACAUUGGGUUAAUAAAUAAAAAAUGAACUAAUUUUUUUACCCAGCUGAAGUGAUAACUCAGUUAUCCACUGCUCAUGCAAUUUAAAAAUAGCUAUGUCCUAAUCUCCCCUGGUGAAAACUGCAUCUUUUACCAUGCUUUUGCAUAGCAAUAGUUUUGUUUUUGUGCUAACUCCAUUCUCCUUAGCCCACUGCAGACAUUUCAUUUCAAAGUUAUGCCAGACAAAAUAAACAGAAAGAUGUGCUAGCAGAUUCUUAGAAACUGCAAACAACCUAUGAACAGGUAGCUAUUAAUGGCAUCUACCUCUUUGUACACCGUGAUAGGUAAUUAUAAAAGUGGCCAUCGUUGUGGGAUCACAGUUGCAUUACGCAGGAGCAGGAGAGAGAGAACAUUUGCAGAGGUCAACCACACAUUGCUAUUGCUUGUUCCAGGCCGACUAUUCUACUUUAGGGGCAAAUGAGGUUCUCUGAAGCAGUCAGUAUUGCCAGAGCCACAACUUUCAUCUUCCCCAGAAAUGAACACACAAUCCUACUUGUAAACAUUUUCACUUCCAAGAAAUAACGACUUGUUUUUAUAUGGAUUAAAAAUGGAUAACAUUCUUUGGUACAAUCUUUAA